AUGGGAAGAAAGCUGCGACACGUGCUGAUUUUCCUUCUCAUCAUCCUGAAGGAGCCCAGCAUGCCAGAAGUUGUCUGCAGCUGUAAACCAUCGUCAGGCUGCUGGUGCAACAGAGUGGGCCUCACCAGCAUCCCUCAGAACCUCCCUACAUCCAUCUCUGGUUUGCAUUUAGGAGAUAAUUUUAUUUCAUCUAUUCAGACAGGUGCAUUUGCAAAUCUAACCCGCCUUCAAUCGUUGGACCUGUCCAGCAACCAGAUAACAAAAAUCCAAUCUGGCACAUUUGCAAAUCUACCCGAACUCCAAGUGCUGAGUCUCUGUUUAAACCAGAUAUCAGAACUUCAGCUACAAUAUUUGUGCCUUUCCGGCAACCAGAUAACAGAGAUUCAGCCUGGUGCACUUGCAAAUCUACCUCAGCUACAAGAGUUGAAUCUGCGCUCCAGCCAGAUUAAAAUUAUACAGGCAGGUACAUUUUCAAAUUUACCCCGACUACAACUGUUAAAUCUGUUCUUCAAUCGGAUAACUACCAUCCAUUCUAAAGCUUUUGAGAGUCUGCCCCAGCUUCAAACUUUGUACCUUCGGAAAAACAUGUUGUCUGCCAUUCCCCCUUCAGCUUUUGGCUUGUUACCAUCUAUUCGUACCGUAACACUAGCCGAGAACCCUUGGCGAUGUGACUGUAGAAUGGCUUCUUUCAGGCUAAAUAUCAAUACGUUUCCGUCAUUUAAAGACCAGAUAAUAUGUACCCAACCCGUUAAAUUCCGGGGACAGAAGCUUAUAAAUGUCAAUCCUGAAGAAAUGAUAUGUGAAGAGACAACCGUACCGACACUGUCUGUUUAUAUCCAAACCUCAUCUGCAGUGUCAACAUCUUCAGUUAACAAGCCAGAAUCUGCCCCCAGUUUUCUCCUAGCUGUUCCCAUUAGCUCAGUCUGUGGUUCAGUAGCUGGGAUUGUCCUGAUGGGCAUCGCCAUUCUCACAAUUUGGUACUACAAGAUGAGCACGAGGGAUCCUCACUUAGGCCCAAAUCCCAAUGUUGUUGGUGGCAGCAACGGUAUGCAUACUGUAGUGGCCAGUGGUCAUGAUCAGACAGGGCAGGGUCAGUCUCAGGCCAACACUGAAUCCAACACAAACAACGCAGCUACUGUGAUGGCCAGUUGUGAUGAUCACCAGUAUGAGGAUAUUGACAAACCCCGUGUUAAGACAAGACAGUGUCAGUCCCAGACCAUCACUGAAUCCAACACAAACACCACAGUUACAGUAAUGACAAGUGAUCAUUAUUACCAAUAUGACGAUACUAAUAACCAUCAUGUUCAGGCAGGGCAGGGUCAGUCUCAGGCUAACAUUCAGUCUCUGAAAGUUGGAAAUCUAUCCCAUGAUCAAAUACUAGCUGCAUUAAAUCCAAAUCUUCUGUAUGUAUCUACAAAUGUUGCCAGUAGCGAUGAUCAGACAGGGCUUGGUCAGUCUCAGACACUAAAUUCUCAGUACACAACAGCAACUGUAAUGACCAGUGGUCAUGAUCAGACAGGGCAGGGUCAGUAUCAGGCCAUCAGUGAACCCUUGGAUACAAGGCAUCCAUGUUAUGGAACAGGCCCCAUUGCCUCACAGCAAAAUUGUCAUUACAACACAGCUACUGUAAUGGCCAGUGGUCGUGAUCUGAAUGGGCAGA